AGUAUCUCAUUCUUCUUCCCCAAAUUCUGUACUCUAUACUGUGGUUUUUCCCUCUUAAACCCUAGCACAUUGGGGUUCGAUUCGAAACCACAACAAAGUUUCUGUGAACUCAGCGAGACCAAUACCUUCCACCUUUCGUUCCAAUUCGCACCGCCUUUUGCGGGAACCAUUUGUGUUAAAUGGCCAAUAAUUCUCAGCCCUCGAGUAUGCAGUUUCGGCCGGUCAUUCAAGCUCAGCAAGGGCAACCAUUUGGACAUGCAGGACAUGCUAUUCCACCACAUAUGGGAAUGCCUGUUCAAGGUCAGCAAUUGCAGUAUUCUCAACCAAUGCAGCAGUUGACUCCAAGACCAAUGCAGCCUGGUCAUCCUGCUCCUUCAUCUCAAGCUAUACCUAUGCCAUAUAUUCAGACAAACAGGCCACUGACAUCCAUUCCACCACAUUCGCAGCAGACUGGUCCCCCCUUAAGCAAUCACAUGCCUGGCAUGGCUGUUUCAGGAGCAGCUCCUCAUUCUUCAUAUACUUUCACACCAUCUUAUGGUCAGCAGCAAGAUAAUGCAAAUGCAUUGGCUCAAUACCAGCAUCCACCUCAAAUGCAUGCUCCUCCUGCUGGACAACCUUGGCCAUCCUCUGCAUCUCAGAGUGUUGCAGCUGUUACAUCUGUGCAGCCAGCUGGGGUACAAUCAUCUGCUACUACAUCAACUGAUGCAGUAACUAAUGCUACUAACCAGCAGUCAUUAUCUGAUUGGCAAGAACACACUUCUGCUGAUGGGAGAAGGUAUUACUACAACAAGAGGACGAGGCAAUCAAGUUGGGAUAAACCUUUGGAAUUGAUGUCACCCAUUGAGAGAGCUGAUGCAUCAACUGUUUGGAAAGAAUUCACUUCUUCAGAAGGAAGAAAGUAUUAUUACAACAAGGUUACUCAGCAAUCAACGUGGUCAAUACCAGAGGAGCUUAAGAUGGCUCGUGAGCAGGCACAGAAAGCGAACCAGGGAAUGCAGUCAGAAACAACUGAUACAUCCAAUGCUGUUGUCUCCUCCACUGCGACAUCAACAGCAGCUAAUGCAGCUAGCUCAAUCACUUCUUUGACAUCAAAUGGGCUUGAAUCUAGCCCAUCUUCUGUCACACCAAUUGCAGCAACCGAUUCUCAACAGUUGGUUUCUGGGUUAUCUGGGACAUCUGUUUCUCACUCUGUAGUUACCUCAAACACUACAGGAGCUGAACCAAGCACUGUGGCAACUACGAGUGCUGCACCUACAAUAGUUGCAGGAAGCUCUGGACUGGCUGAGAAUUCACCUCAACAAUCCAAAAUGCCACCCAUUGUUGAAAAUCAAGCAUCUCAAGAUUUUGCUUCUGUAAAUGGAUCUUCUCUUCAAGAUAUUGAGGAAGCCAAAAGAGGAUUGCCUUUGGUUGGAAAAAACAAUGUGAUUCCAACGGAGGAGAAAACCAAUGAAGAUGAAACCUUGGUAUAUGCAAAUAAGCUGGAAGCAAAAAAUGCAUUUAAAGCGCUUUUGGAAUCUGUGAAUGUUCAGUCUGAUUGGACAUGGGAACAGGCAAUGAGAGAAAUCAUCAAUGACAAAAGAUAUAAUGCCCUAAAAACACUUGGUGAGCGAAAACAGGCUUUUAAUGAGUAUUUGGGCCAAAGGAAGAAGCUGGAGGCUGAAGAGAGGCGCAUGAAGCAGAAAAAAGCCCGUGAAGAAUUCACAAAGAUGUUGGAAGAGUGCAAGGAACUUACAUCAUCCAUGAGAUGGAGCAAAGCUAUUAGUAUGUUUGAGAAUGAUGAACGAUUCAAUGCUGUCGAAAGACCAAGAGACCGAGAAGAUUUAUUUGAAAGCUAUAUGGUGGAACUUGAGAGGAAGGAAAAAGAAAAUGCUGCAGAGGAGCACCGUCGAAAUAUAGCAGAAUAUAGAAAAUUUCUGGAGUCCUGUGAUUAUGUGAAGGUGAAUAGUCAUUGGCGAAAAAUCCAAGAUCGGCUAGAGGAUGACGAUAGAUACUUGCGACUUGAAAAAAUUGACCGCUUGCUAGUCUUCCAGGACUAUAUUCGGGACUUGGAGAAAGAAGAAGAGGAACAAAAAAGAAUACAGAAGGAUCGAAUCCGCCGGGGUGAAAGGAAAAACCGUGAUGCAUUUCGCAAGUUGCUUGAAGAACAUGUUGCUGCUGGAAAUCUGACUGCUAAAACUCAAUGGAGAGAAUAUUGCUUGAAGGUCAGGGAUUUACCUCAAUAUCAAGCUGUUGCGUCAAAUACAUCUGGUUCCACACCAAAGGAUUUAUUUGAGGAUGUUGCUGAGGAACUUGAAAAACAGUAUCAUGAAGACAAGACGCUCAUAAAAGAUACAAUUAAGUCAGGCAAGAUCAUUGUAGUGACUACAUCAAUAUUUGAGGACUUUAAGGUUGCUGUCUUGGAAGAAGCUGCAUGCCAAACAAUAUCUGAAAUCAAUUUGAAGCUUAUAUUUGAAGAGUUGUUAGAGAGAGCUAAGGAGAAGGAGGAGAAAGAAGCCAAGAAGCGCCAACGCCUUGCUGAUGACUUUACUAACAUGUUAUAUACAAUCAAGGAUAUUACUACUUCUUCAAAAUGGGAGGACUGCAAGCCCCUUUUUGAGGAGACUCAGGAGUACAGGUCAAUUGGAGACGAAAGCUAUAGUAGAGAAAUUUUUGAGGAAUACAUCACAUACUUAAAGGAAAAAGCUAAAGAGAAGGAACGCAAGCGAGAAGAGGAGAAGGCCAAAAAGGAGAAAGAAAGAGAAGAGAAAGAGAAACGGAAGGAGAAGGAGAAAAAAGAAAAGGAUAGAGAACGUGAAAAGGAAAAGUCUAAGGAUCGCCAUAGGAAGGAUGAAACGGAUAGUGAUAAUCAGGACAUAACUGAUAGCCAUGGUUACAAAGAGGAGAAGAAAAAAGAAAAGGACAAGGAGAGGAAACAUCGGAAAAGACAUCAGAGCAGUAUGGAGGAUGUGGAUUCCGAAAAGGAAGAGAAGGAAGAAUCUAAAAAAUCACGAAGGCAUGGCAGUGAACGCAAGAAGUCUAGGAAGCAUGCGAACUCUCCUGAAUCAGACAAUGAAAGUCGGCAUAGAAGACACAAGAGGGAGCACUGGGAUGGUUCCAGGAAAAUUGGGGGGCUUGAGGAGCUUGAAGAUGGGGAGCUUGGGGAUGAUGCAGAGAACUAGUUCUUCUUUCCCUAACCUUUUUUGUAGUGAUGACAUAACAAACAAAACUUCACCUGCAUCUUUUGGACAAUAUUCUCUUUCUUUGUGAAUUCAGGAUCCUUGAAUGUAAAGAAAUCUUUGGGUUCUCGUUAUAGUUUUGACAAUUUUUAUGGCCCUUAAUUUGUACCAAGAAUACUGCAUCUACAAAUUUAAAUUAUUUAUAUCAUAAAUAUUCAUGAUGGCGAAAGGAUCGUCUAUUGAUGUGAAA